CGCGGCGCCGCCGCAGCGAGCGCCAUGCCCGGUAGCCGGCGCAGGGGGCUCUGCCUCAGGCCCGCCGCCGCCCUGAGGAGGCGCAGCGGCGGCGAGGAGCAGCUCAGCCGGCGGCGGGCAGAGGAGGAGGAGGAGGAGGAGGCGGCGGCGGAGGGCGGCGCGGGCCGAGGCCUGCCCGCGGCGGAAGCGGCGUGCGCGCCCCGCGCUGCAGAGUCAUGUUUACAUAAAACUCCAAAGAGGUCCUUGAGUAGGAAAUCCCGAAUACCUACUUUCAGCUCUCCUGUUAAUGACACUGAUACACAGCAAGAAAUCUUUUGGGAUUCUCAUUCACCAAUUGCACACAGACUAGGCAGUGGAAAAACCAAACAGUCCACCAGUGGGUGCACAGUAGAAAUUUCGGAAAUUGUUAAUCGUAUUGCUCCUCAGGAUGAAAAAUCAGCCUGUAGUGAAGGCUCCAUUUUAGGAACAUGGAUUGGUGAGGAUGCUAUUCCCUAUACACCUGGAGUAGUAAAAGUGCGAUCUAGGACAAAGUUAAGUUGUACAAGGGAUCCUAAGAUAACAAUUCCCGAAGAGGAACUCAUGAAAUUGGCUAAGGAAUUUGAUAGAAACCUAGUAGAGCUAGAUGCUGUUCAGGAACAGGAGAAGCUUGGUCACAACUUCAUCCAGAGCACCUCAGAGCCUUUGAAUAAUUCUAAAGAUGAAGUAAACAUGAAGAACGAGAUACCACUCCUUGGUGAAGGUUCUGAAACAGAUACUGCUCUGUCCGUGAAACCAGUUGGACAGAGCACUGGCAUUCCUGCUGCAGGGCCCUGUCGGUCCAGCAGUCAAAAGUCUGUAGACCUUGAGUCUGAAAUAGCCCUUCAUGCUCUUUUUGACUGUUCUACCCAGAAGUGUAGUGGGCAGCUGAGCCAAGGACUGUCAGAUAUUUCUUUAAAUAACAGUUUUCAUAAAAAUAAAAGUACCUUGGAGGAAGAACAGCUUCCUGAGGAAACUGAAGUCAUGCAAUGUGGUAAUUCAGAGGCACAACAAAAAGGUGCAGUGGGGAGCGUGAACCAGACGGUACCAAACCCUGAUAUGACAAAAAAAAAUCCUCCUUUGAAGACACAAUUGGUGGCCUCCACUAAGCUGGCUGGAGUAGUUAAUGAUGACUUUGAUGACUGGGAUACAGAUUUUUUGGCAGAUGACUCUUUUAUGAUGCAAAUAACCCAAAAUCCUGAAUUGAUAAGUACUGAAGAACCACCACCAAUUCCUGCAAAUCCACCUGGCUGUGGUUUCAGUGAUGCUAGCACAACAAAGCAAAGAAGUAGUGGCAAUUUGGUAACUUGUUUGGGGAGUGUAAACAAAUCUAACAGUUUGCAGUAUUCACCUUUGAAACAUUCUAGUAAAAACAUACAAAAUGUUGUAAAAUCUCUGUCUUUACAAAAGCCAUGUAAGACAGAAAACUCAGAGACCACAGCCUUGCAUGGCAAAUGUGAUGUUAAGCCAGAUAAAAUAAAUUCCAUUUGGAAAAGUGCUCAAAACAGGGAUUUGAACUGUAUUUCUGUUCCAGUGCAAUCUGAAGUGAAGAAUGGAAAUGAAGCUACUCAGUCUAAAAGUGACCCUCUUUUUCCUUCAAGAUCUAAUCCUCAUAGACAACGGACAGAAAAACCUGGAAAUACCACCCAUGGUAUUUCCUGUCAAUCAUCCAAUGUUUCUAUCAGUAUGAAACCUAAUGAUCUAACUAAAGUGUUUGAAAUACCAAAGAAGUGUCCUGUGCCAUUUCACGAAUGGAAUGAACCAAAAUUCUCUGAUGAGAUAUUAGAUAUGUUUUGUGGAUCCGAUAGUCUUUGGGAUGCUAACUUUGAGGAUGAUGAAUUGUUGUAUCAGGUGUGUGAUGAUAUAGAAAAGCAGACUCAGAGCCAAGAUGUUAAACAAGGAAAUGAAAGAACUAAAACUAUACAAGGAGCAAGUAGUAAUUCCAGAUCAAAUGCUGAUAAGAGCUUCCUAGCCUCUAAACAAGGACAUUGCCUCUUGGCACAAAAUACAAAUGCAAAACAGGAGGCUCUCUCUCUAAAUGAUUCCUGUAGGAAUUCAUCAAAGGUUAUACAUGGGCUGGCCACAACAGGUCAUGCAGUGAACUGUAAGAGCAUCUCAAGUCCUAGAACUGUGAUCUCAGAUCCUUCUACAGAGGGCAAAUACACACUGACUAAAAACUGUCAUCAGGAUGCUUCUGAAGAUACUACAAAGACUGUUUUGGGGAAAUGGUACAGGUCAAAUUCUGUGCCAGCAGGAGACACUGCUUCUGAAUGUCUGUGGUGGAACAAAAAAAUAGAAAAUGCUCUCAAGAAGAGAUUGAAAGAAAAAAACAAGAAGCUCUUGCACGAAGGAAAUCCAGAACACAGGCAUUCUUUAAAGAUGCUUGAAUUUGGAGUUUAUUUUUUCUGCGGAGUAAGUUUGUGGGAGGGAAAUACUGUAAUGCUGGAAGACACUUUUAAAACUCCAUUCACAUCUAUUGAUGGCAAGUUUUUUUCUGUUUCUCAAUGUAAAAAAAUCUGGACCUGAACCAUAACUAAUACUCUGGUGGUAUUUAGUCUUAAUUAAAAACUAUAAGUUGUGAAUGUGUAGUCCCAAACUACCUUCAGCAAGAUGAAGAUUAUGUUGAGUUCAUGUACUGUUACAUGUUGAAAUUGCAUAGUCUGAAAAUCAUGAGAGCAUUGGUAUACACACAUAAUGAAGGUGUCAAAAACAGACUGUAUGUUUUGGCUGUGUUAUUGCAAGUAUUCUAAUCUUUAAGAAGACUCUCAAGUACACACAGACUAAGAAAUACACAAUGAAGUUUACUCUCAGGUAGAAGACAAUUUUUAAGUUUUGAGUGAAAUAAAGUACAGUCUAGGAAACAUCCAACAAUUGGAAAACUAAUGGAAAUGAACAGGCUUUGGAAAGCUCAGUUUGUCUCUGUUACCUGAGGUAAGAAAUGUACACAGAGAAGGAAAAAUUUAAUAUAAAAGUUUCAUAAGGUGAAAAAGCAUCCUGCAAAGGACAUGUAUUUUUUUUAAGUUCCUUUCACGAAGAGUUGGAAAUACCCUGACAAAAUUGGAACACCCUUUUCUAAACAUGCAUCACCAAGCUAAUUAAAAAGGGUAGCCUGUGUCAUUUUACCAAACCAUGAGCAAUAUAUAAUAAAUCAGGUGAGAUCUCAACAACUUUGCGUCAGUUUAGCCUUAUGGCUUGUACAUAUUUUCAGACUAAAGGCUGUUGAAACAUAAAAAUGCAAUGUCAUGUCAGCUUAACAGGGGCUGAUAGAAUUUUUGAUGUGAUAGAUGGGUGUAGAGAUCAAACUGCAAAAACUGCCUCUGGGUAAGCUGCAAGAUAUUUUUCAACUGAGAAAUGCUUAUAUGUAAACAUGUGACACUAUGAAAAGUGACUGUAAUUUUUCUUUGUAAAUAAAUAACUAUAAAAUGUACCAAAGGUUGGAGGAAGCUUUUGGUUUCUGUAGUAUGUGCCAUUUUUGUAACUCUUAAAAAUGUAAGUAUUGUAUAUUUGUAAGUCAUCAUUAAACUUUUUUUUUUA